AUGGAUGUACUAAGGCCUUCAUUGAUAAAAAAUAAAAUCAAACGAGAAGAAAUUCAUGCCCGAAGAAGGCAAGAAAAAAACCGUCGCAAAAUGGAAAUGAGGUUGAAACGACGGAAAGAAGAAGAGCGAUUAUCAAGAAAUAUUCCUAAAACGCUUGAAAACUCUCGGGAAUUUGAUGAAACGAUUGUUGAUCCAAAUGAUCCUGAAGUUUGUGAAGACAAAGAAUCGGAUGAAUUUUCUGCAUAUUUUCGUGAAGGGAUAGCACCCAAAAUUCUCAUAACUACCAGUAAAAGGCCAUCAAAGGCCGGAUACGAAUUCACAUCAGAAUUAGUGGACGUAUUUCCAAAUAGCCAAUUUAUGAAAAGAGAAAAUGCUCUCACAUUAGUUCAUUUGCCUGAAGGACCUACCGCAUAUUUUAAAUUAACAAGCAUUAAAUUAAGCCGCGAAAUAGAAGGUCAUGGAAGGUCAUCGUGUCAUAAACCCGAAUUAAUUCUUAAUAACUUUAGUACACGGCUUGGUCAUACUAUUGGUCGAUGGCUUCAAGCACUUUUUCCUCAUGUCCCAGAGUUUCAGGGACGUCAGGUUGCAACGUUUCAUAACCAACGAGAUUUCGUUUUUUUCAGACAGAAAGCUGAAUUGCAGGAAAUUGGUCCUAGAUUCACACUCAAACUUAAGUGGUUGCAAAAAGGCGCAUUUGAUAAAGAUGAGGAAUACGAGUGGAUGUUCAAAAAUAGGCAUUUUAAACAUUUAGCUUACCGGAAUAAUAUUGAUGAUUAA